AACACCAACACACCAGCUCUUCUCAUCCGCCGCAGGAAGUGCAGACGCUGCUCUGCCUUCCUAGCCAGGGAGGAGGUGUGGAGUGACCAGCUAAGAUCGUCUGUGAUGUGCGCACCCAGCAUCGAAGGUCACCUGGCUGACCAUUUCUGGCUCCAACCCCCUGACUGUGAUGGCCACCUCGCUCUUGCACCAACAUUCUGCAACAGUGGAGUUGGGCGGCGUGGACAUCCUGAGGAAAAGAGUCACUUCCUGACCAGUGAAACCAAAACUGAGUGCUGGCUGGGCUCCUAAGUGAGUCACUGAGAUAAAGCGUCCCGUCUCUGGACCACCCACUGCUGCCCAACUUGUUUACCAAGUUUGAAAUGCAUCAGCCGCACACCUUCACGGGCAGUUGAGCAGCGUUGGAUCAGACAGGAUGGUCUCUCUGCGACUCAUCGCCGGUGCACUGCUGUUGGCUUGGUUCUCUGCCCCUGCUUCAGCCCAGCCUCCGGGAGGAACAGCGAGCAGAAUAUUCCCACGUGUGAGGGAAGUCAAUCUGACGAUCGAGCCCAGUUCUGAGGUGAUAAGUGGAACAGAUGUGAUGCUGAGAUGCCGGGCGGUGGUUGACGGUGCCCAGGGUCUGAGUCGAGAAUACACCAUCUACAAGGGUUCUGCUCCCAUCUACACCAAGACCACCAGCAGCUCUGAAGACCUUCUUCAUCCCCUCACUGAGGUGCAGAUCUCCGACAAGGGAAGGUACUGGUGUAAAGUUGACGUCCAGGGUGUGGAGGUCACCAGUCACAUCACGGCCCUGUUAGUAAGAGUUGCCACUCCACAGCUUCAGCUUGACAGCACUGAGUUGACUGAAGGGGAGGUGCUAACAGCUCGGUGCACAGCCCCUGGUGAAACAGGACGCUUCAUUUUCAACCUUUAUGACAACUCUGAAUAUGUCCUGGAGAAAAGAGUCGACACCAACGACGCAGAGUUUAACUACACACUGAUGACUGCUGGCAACCACACGAUUCACUGCUCCUAUGAAGUCAUUGUCCAGGAUGUUUCGACCAACUCGGCAGAGAGCAACAAAGUCACUGUCCUAGUAACAGAUCUUGGCAUCAGUCCAGUUCUGGAGAUUAACCCCCUGGGAGAAAUCUAUGAAGGAGACCAGCUCAACUUAUCAUGUACCUACGUGACCUCUCUGAACCACGGAGACAAAAUCGUCCUGAACCUUUGGCACGGGUCGAAACCUCUCAGCUAUGGAGGCAACAGAAUCGACUACAGUAUGACUGUGAUGGCUGAAGACUCCAGGGAGUUUGAGUGCUGGUUGAUCAUGGGGACAAUACAUAAAUCAGACAAGAAACUGGUCUCAGUGAUGGACCUGUUUUCAGCACCGACACUCACUGUUACUCCUGCCGAAGUCUUUCCAGAGGAUCCGAUGACACUGACAUGCAGAAGUGAAAGCUUUGCUGCAGAGAGGAUCAACAAAGAGGACUUGACUUACUCGCUGGAGCCUGCGGCAGAGUUCAUGCGUGAACAGCAUGUUGGGGUUUUUCAUGGCUUCGCCCCCACAUUUGCCUUUAACUCCACCUGUGUUGCUGCUGCCAGAAACAUCAUCAAAUCCAGUUUGCCACUGAUGAUUCGUCCGAACGUUCAUGUCUCCACUCCCAAGAUGACAGUGAUGGAGCGAGCGGUCCAGGGUCGACCCUUCAGGAUCCUUUGCCAGUCAGAUGUUGGUAGCCUGCCCAUAAACUACACCCUCUAUCAGGACCUCCAGCCUGUGGACUACUUCACGGUCAGCCGGCCCGAGCAGCAGGCCAUCUUCACAGUGACCGUCAGCAGUUCUGAAGAGAUGCAGCAGUUCUUGUGUGAGGCACAGAACAAGAAGGGGAUCAAAAACCUCAGCACGAAGCUCAACGACACUCUCAUCGUUCCUCUGUCACAUCCUACUUUGACCGUCAUCCCUGUCGAGUCUGAGGUUUCCGAAGAUGAUGAUCUCUAUUUGAUCUGUGGCGUGAAAGGUUCACCACCGGUCACUUUUAAGUGGUACCUCGUGGGGAUUGAUGAGCCACUUGCCACCAACACAUCGGAUAAAAAUACCUCGCACUACCUGAUCAAGGGUCUGCGUACAGGGCAAAGUGGCACCUACAUCUGCGAGGCCAUCAACUACGCUAAUAAUGUCGUCCGAAGUGCCCCAGUUGUGAUCACUGUCCGCAUGGCUCUGUGGAAGAAGGUCUCCAUUGGGGCCUCCGUCUCACUGCUGGUGGUGGCGCUGAUUGCAGUCGCUGUGGGAUUCUUCGCGAGCAGAAGAGGUAAAAGAGAGGGAGCGGCUGAAUUAUCAGUAAAGCCUUCGAGCCCUAACUCAGAUGACACUUUAGCCGAGACUUUUACGUUCAACAAUGAGGUUCAUAACGCAGAUCCAGAAAACAGAGCAGAGGUCGGCGUCUGGAGUGAGCGUCCGUCAAGAGCAGCCAGUGCCGUGGAGAGCAGGGCGAUGACCGCCGAGCCAGAUGUGGAGUACACGGAGGUGGUGCACCCCCAACCCAAAGACCCUGCCAGAGCUCCGCUGAGAAAGGGCACAGACACCGUUUACAGUGAGCUCCAGACGUCCUCACACGGUGCUGCUGACCUUCAGGGAUAUUCUGCUAUCCGGAGGGGAAAAUGGCUGUCAGAGUUUCCAUGCCAGAACAAAAGCAGCGAGGAGUCAGAGGAGUACGUGGAGCUCAGCCGCAGCGAUCCACCCGAGUCAGUCUCCUUUCGCUCUGAUGUGACCUCUGCCCAGGACUCGUCUGUGCCCAACAUCAGAACAAGUUCUGACUAUACCUCUGAAUCAGUUUGAAACCUCAAGUGUGUCUUAUGGUCUUGAUGUGCGCCGGUUUCCCUGACGGCGCCAGUGGAUUAGAAGAACCUACUGUUGUGAGAAAUGUCCCACUGUUUUGUGUUUUAAUUUUAUUGUUUCGCUUGGAAUGAAAGGAAACCGAAUGCUCCAGUCGUGUGUAUUCAAUCUGUCAUGAAGGCUUCCUGUGCUGUCUGAGAUCCAGUAAAAGAAAAAAAAAAGCAAAACAACACCUGCCACAUGAUUCAACCUGACAUCAUCAGUUGUGUUUGAAGUAACUCCAUUACAGAUCUUAUAUUAUAAUAUUAUUAUAUUAUUAUAUUAUAUUAUUAAUAUUCCCUGAUUUUAUUUGUUAUAUUCCACUUUUGACGGGGCAGAACGUGUUAGUUUUACACACUCCGUAACAUCAUACUCUAGUAAGAUAAUGAAGGGGGGAGGUUUUGCUACAAAGGAAAUGAAUGUAGAAUAUAUAUAACGGACAUAUUUAUAAAAUAAUUUAAUGUUAUAACAGGCUUUACAUGAUAGUAAGCGUUCGUUUGUGUGGCAUGCAGUGACAAUUCGUUACACUAGAGGGCAGCAUCCCUCCAAUCCUCAGAGGAGCAUCACGUAGUGGGGUUGUGCGUCCAAUGUUCAUAUCCGUCUUCAACCGGGAGAAAUGGGAGGUUGGGCAGUUACACCUUUAGUAGCGGCCAGUAAACGGUGCUGCAGAGACAGUGCCAUCUGCUGGCUUCAAUAAGUAGGUGCAGACGAGCGUGUGUGCAACUGUGAAACCCGUGAAUAAGCUUAUGGAAAACGAACAAUCUAGUCUGUUUACGAAGCUUUUUCAGACAAAACGAACAAAAAUGAUAGUGAAAACGUCAUUCGACUUACUUUAUCUAAUACAGAGGCAUAUUUAAAUAAUUUAAAAUCUAUUUAAAUUAAAUGAAUCUAUCUAUUGAUCUGUUUUGUUUUUUGCGACCUUCUUCAUUCAUGCACUUGACAAAUACCUCAUAUUUGGGAGAAAAAAAACUAUCACAAAGCAGUAGAAACUGAAUGAAAACUAUGUAUUUUCAAGUAAUAAAAAAAACAUCAAACCCACUAAAACUAAUGGAAAAUCCCAGACUAUUAUUUUCUUUUUUUUUAAAUUAAAUUUCUAUCUUGUUUUCCACCUUGUGAUUUUUAUUUUUCAUGCUUCUGCCUGUGCACAGGAAAAGUGAGGGUUGUGAGUCAUGUGAUGACAGACAACAUGACAGUGACUGACGCAACAACAUCCAUUUAGAGCCAUGAUGAAAUUAGAGGCCCCGCUUAUUAAUAUCAAUUCAGGUUUUUUGAGGCUUUCAGUCAAGAGGUUUUGUUUGUUCUGUGUGUAUUUAUGCAAUGUGACAAGACUCAGCGAACUGAAUAAGCUGCCAUUGUCUUUAUUUGCUAAACCAAUAUUUACACAUUGCUGUAAACAUAAGAGACUUCAAUGUUUGACGGUGAAGUACAACUAAAUGUAUUGAUAUGAAAGGGUUGCUGCAUCCAACUGGUUUCAAGGAGUCAUUUAAAAACACAAUCCACGUAAAAAAAAAAAGCAGGCAGGGCUCCAUGGGUUUGUGCAUUACUUGGUCUCUGUCAUCCUCCCAGUAAAGCCUC